AUGCUGGAGCCUCAUGGAGGAGCUUUCGUUCACUCCAAUUCGGACUGGACAGAUGACAUUAGUGGAAUCCCAGGCUUUUCGGCCUACAACUCAUGUCCAAUAAGGUAUUGUACAUUUUCUUGGAGAAUCCAAUCAGUUGACUGCUGCGGCUUCUUCGCUUUUACGCACUCCGAUGAAAAACUUAAAUAUCGUGCAAAGAUUGCAUUUACUUGCAUGGGCAUAGCUGAGCAAAAGAAUCCGUCGCAGACCCAAAGAUCGGUUUCAGAACUCCUCGAAGAACUAAGACGAGAAUGUUCUGGUUCUCCAACGUCGAAUCAGGGGCCUCAAUUCGGUCUUAUACUCAGACAUGAUGGAUAUUUAUACACUGGAACCUUGGGCUGUCAAGUCGCAAUGUGGCCGUCCGUGGAAGUUUCUUGCUUCUCAUUGACUAUUUCCGUCGAUGUUUAUCCACAAUCAGAAGUUUCGCCGAACAUGGUUGUCGUCCUUGUCUCAAAUGGACUUCUACAAUAUCUUGCAGACAAUAACUGCCCCCGCCCAAUAACCCGAAUAAUGGACGAGUUUAGGGAGUCUGUUCGGGGAUGCACAGACAACUACGAUAAAACGUGUCAUUGGACGAUGGACAGAAUCGAAAACUCGUACGGAAAGGUCUCAAGCACAUACGAGGCCGUUUUUCUUGGGAUCAAGAUAUUAGCGCCUCAGAUUCAAAUAUCAGCACCAGAAGUGUUAAAACCCGCUAAAAAUACGGUUUUGACAAUACCUUCGAUUCAAACGGACUGCCGAAUUUUGAUACAGCGCCAACGAUUAUUCCAGUGCAACGCCACACGCCCAAAUCCGAACAAAGUGCUACAGAGGUUCCAGCUUACGUUGAGGGCUUCGAUUAUUUCAAUCAGAAGUUCAGUGAAAGACAUAGAGGAACGCAAAGUCUAA